AUGGUCGCUUCAACGGCGCUCGAGCCCAUGAGCAUCAUCAUCGACGAUGCGGACUUUCCAACCCAAUCGAAAGGCUUUCCUGGCGGACUUCGUACGCCCAUCGACAGUCCAUCGUAUCCGUCUCGCUUCAACGACACCUUGACGGUCUUUGAUCUCUCGGGCCUUACCCUGGCUGGGCCGUGGACUCUUCAGGCAGAUGGGAUUUCUAUGGCGCUCUAUGGAAUGACGCCGCCAAAUUUGCCUUACUUCAACGGCAAAAACUUCAAUCAGACAAUCUUGGUCGGCGAUUCGACUCGCUCUGGCUCAAAUACAAGCGAUGCUAAAACCUUUACAUCAUACCCAUACCCCGCUCCUGCUUCCCUCGGACUGAUAGUUUCUACCGGAAAUGCAACGGUAGCAGGUCCGAUAUCGCUGGGGCUGAUGAAUUUUCUGGGCCUGACAGUCGACUACAUGGUUGUUCAAGUCGGAGAGUUCACCAACAUCGAGGGGAAGACCGCGUUCGUCGACGAUACAAGUGGGGAGAUUCGAUGGAGUGGAUCAUGGGCUAUCAAGCGCGACUACCAGCUUCGAGGCGACUGUUUCCUCCCCCCAUUCCCGUUCACUGACCCCUCAAAACCCAGUUCACCGAAUUUCCCGGUGACCUUCUACCCUCACGGUAACUCGACACAUACGAGCGCGACAGUCGGAGACUCCUUCCAGUUCCUCUUCUCUGGCACUUCAAUCGCCGUCUAUGGCAUCUCGCCUGGAAGCAUCGCCACAGACGACUGGGAGCUCAACAUGACGUUCAACAUCGACGGUACCACUCACACCACAUCGUACACUGCGUCUAUGCAAAAUGGUUUCGUCGCCCCGCAGUUCUUGUACUUCAGCACGACAGUCUCACCAGGGAACCACACAUUAACUGCAACGGUUGUGAAUGUUGCCGGGAGCGCGGCACCUUCUGCACAGAUUGACUAUAUCACUUAUACGCCGGAUUUCGGGACGCCUCAUGAGAGACCCAUAUUGGCCUUCCCACCGAGUCCGUCGUCAAGCUCAUCGCUAUCACCAACCAGUGCAAGUUCACCGUCAUCUUCUGCCACCCCCACACACAGAAAAAAGGCCUCUGCAGGCGUGAUUGGGGGCAGCGUUGUCGGCGCAGUCGUCGGACUGGUCCUGGUCGCAAUUGUCGUUUGGCUAUUGUGGUCCAAGAUGAAAAGGAAACGCGUGGCGCAGCAGCGGGAGGUCGAACCAGAGCCGUUUGUGACACCCAAUAUUCCAGCAAGGCGAGAGAAAGUACCUCCUUCGGAGGCAACUUCGACUUCUGGCGCGGGCCGUAGCUCCGGGUCUGUGGCGGACUCAUCGUCCGCUGCAGGAAUGCAGGAGGGGGCGGCCUCCAUUGACGAGCGGAUGAGGCAGAUGCAGAUCGAGAUAGAAGGUUUCCGGCAUCAAGUGCGCGCUAAUCGUCGGGGUUCACUUGUCUCGACGGCGCCACCAGCUUAUACAGAUGGUGAACGGGUGGAAGAGCGAUAA